AUGAUGAUGAUGAUGAUGAUGAUGAUGAUGAUGAUGAUGAUGAUGAUGAUGAUGAUGAUGAUGAUGAUGAUGAUGAUGAUGAUGAUGAUGAUGAUGAUGAUGAUGAUGAUGAUGAUGAUGAUGAUGAUGAUGAUGAUGAUGAUGAUGAUGAUGAUGAUGAUGAUGAUGAUGAUGAUGAUGAUGAUGAUGAUGAUGAUGAUGAUGAUGAUGAUGAUGAUGAUGAUGAUGAUGAUGAUGAUGAUGAUGAUGAUGAUGAUGAUGAUGAUGAUGAUGAUGAUGAUGAUGAUGAUGAUGAUGAUGAUGAUGAUGAUGAUGAUGAUGAUGAUGAUGAUGAUGAUGAUGAUGAUGAUGAUGAUGAUGAUUUGGAUAAUGAUGACGAACAUCAUCCUUAUUAUUCUAUUCCAUAUCCCAUAG